CCAAAACAAACCAAAAAAAUGCAGCAAAAGGUUCACAAGAACAUGAAUUCUUGGGAAGAAUUUGAGGGCGACGAUGAAGACAACAACGAUGUUUUCUAUGCCGAAAUUAGAAGGCAAGUAAUGCAAUUGACAGCAGAAGAUGAAGAUGAAGAAAAGCAGAACACAAAUAAGGAGAGAGGCUCAAAACAAAAAGGGUUCACAGUAUUGCAGCCUGGAUUUCAGUUUAACUGGACAGGAAUCAAGGAUGGUAGCAGAGUGCCUCAAUGGAUGGUAGACCUUUGGAGAAAAGAAAAUAGGGAUGGAGGAUUUAGUGGAACUGGGGUAUUCAUUCCACAUAUUGUCAAGUCCAGAAGAAGACAUAAGCCAAGAAGGAAGAACAAUGAAAGAGGAAGAGUGUACAAGCCUGUCACACAAAAGUAA